UGCCUGGCAUUGCAGCACUUAGUCCUUCUAUGGAAGUCAUAUGUCCUGUUUGUCCUUUAGUUAAUUUGCAACAGACAAAAGUAUGAAGCUACACUUUGGAACGGCAAAUAUUUACCUCAGGAUCUCACUCAUUUGGAAUAAUAACAUUGCAACUUGAUUUGCACGGGAGUCAGAAAAGUAAGAGACAAGCUGUCCCGUUGAAAGAAGUUCAUUGCUGUACUCCAACAUGAAAUCUGCCUUUUUUCUUGUCUUACUUGAACUGUGGGCUGGCAUGUGCUUAUCAAAUGAAACACCUGGUGUUUCAGGGGUGGAGACAGAGCAGAGUAUCAUCCUGAACCUCUGGCCUUUCAAUGACACUGAUAAACUAUCCCUAUAUAAUACUGUGCCAGAUCCAUCUGGGGAAGAGUUUGUGCCGGAGUCCUCCAUGCGCAACUUCACAGAAAAGAACACCAAUUUUGGAUUCAAUCUCUACAGAAAAAUAGCGCUGAAGCAUGACAACAAUGUGUUCUUUUCCCCAUUGUCCUUGUCCUUCGCUUUGGCAGCCUUCUUGCUGGCUUCCGAAGGGGACACACACCACCAAAUGCUUCAGGCUCUAAACCUCCACCUUCUGGAUGACAAAGAGAACCGGCUGCCAUCUUUGUUCCAGCAGCUAAGUGUCAGCCUCGCCAAGAACAAGGAGUUCACUCUUUUGCAGGACAGCUUCUCUUUCGUCCAGAAAGGCUUCCAGAUCAAGGACGUCUUCCGCAACUUGUCCAAGCGAUACUUCGAUAUGGAGUUUCUGACGGUUGAUUUCCGCAACUCUACUCAUGCCAAGAACGCCAUCAACCAACAUGUGAAACAAAAGACAAGAGGGAAAAUCCCUAGCUUGUUCGAAGAAGUCGAUCACCAGGCUAGAAUCAUCCUGGUGAACUGCAUUCUCUUUAAAGGCAACUGGCUACACCCGUUUCCUCCCAAGCACACAGAACUGGCCACCUUCUAUAUUGACAAUUACAGGACUGUCCAAGUGCCGAUGAUGUCCAAGACAGAGAGGGUUGCCAUCACAUUUGAUAAGAGCUUGAGCUGCGUUGUGCUGAAGCUCCCAUACAAAGGGAGCGCACACAUGCUGGUCGUCAUACCUGAGAAGGGCGCUGAUUUUAUGUCCAUUGAAGACCAUUUAACAAAUGAGCUGGUGGAGUCUUGGCUUAGGACCAUGAAUAGCAGGAAAAUGGACAUUUACUUUCCAAAGUUCAAGCUAGACCAGAAAUACCACAUGCAUCAGUUGCUACAAGAUCUGGGAAUUAAAUAUCUUUUCUCCAAUGAAGCAGACCUCAGCCACCUCACAAAUGAGAGAGAUGUAAAAGUAUCCCAGGUUCUCCAAAGAGCAGCUAUUGAAGUGGAUGAGUGGGGGACCGAAGCUGUAGCUGCCAGUGGGUCAGAAAUCAUGGCAUACUCGCUGCCGCCAGUCAUCCGUCUGAACCGGCCGUUCCUUUUAAUGAUCUAUGAAGCGAGCAUAAAUGCAUUGCUGUUCCUUGGCAGAGUUAUCGACCCUACAGAGCUGUGAAUAAAAGCCACACAUUUCUA